AUGGACAUGCCGGUGGUCUAUGCGGACUUAAACCUACCCAGGACCCGAAAGCCUAAGCAGGCAUCGCCUUCAUCUCUUCACCCAGACACCUGUCGGUGCCCGCGCUGGCAUCGCUUGGCUCUGAAACUCGGCUGUGCUGGCCUCAUCCUUCUUGUCCUGAGUGUGAUUGGACUCAGUGUUGUCUUAGUGCUAUCAUUAUUACAAAAAACACCAGCAGAAAAAAGCAGCAUGGAAGGUCAAGAGAACAGGACAAAAACAACAGAUAGUCCAGCUACGUUAAAGUGCCCAAAAGACUGGAUUCAAUACCAAGAUAAAUGCAUACAUUUUUCUCAAACUUCCAGCAGUUGGCAGGAAGGUCUAGAUGACUGUAAGGAAAAAGGAGCCACUUUGCUGCUCGUUCAUGACCAAGAAGAACUGAGACUCCUGCAGGACUUGGCAAAGGAAAAAGACCUGUCAUUUUGGAUAGGACUAAGUUACUCAUUGCCAGACAAGAACUGGAAGUGGAUAAACGGCUCUGCUUUAAUCUCUGAUGUAUUUAAAAUUGCUGGUGAAGGUAAAAGCAGCAGCUGUGCCGUCAUCUCAAAGGACAGAGUGGUUUCUGAGAGCUGUGUUUCAGAUAAUCUUUGCAUCUGCCAAAAGGAACCAAAACGUGAAACCGCGUGUAAUGACUCCUGACUGCGAAUCGCAUCUCCAUGACUUCACCGUCCACAGCAGAUCUCUGUGCUCAGUCUGUCCCUGCUGUCAGCCCUCCCAGUGCAGUUAGUGCCACAAGGCACGGACUCUGCAAAGCACCGUGAUGCUUGCAGAGUCUUUAUUCUGUAAAUGUAAAUGUACGCAGACACAGGUGUGCCAU